AUGGCGCCUCGAAAUGAAGUGCCGCAAAUGAUGUCUCGAAAUGAAGAGACCUAUAAAUGUCCUGAUUGCAAUAAAGCAAUUCCCAUCACCGAAGUUGCUGAACAUUCAGAUUUUCAUCUUGCAUUGAAGUUAAGAGAAGAGGAGAGACAACAUGUGCGCACAGAAAUAAAGGAACGAAAAGAAGAAAAAUUGAAACUGAGCAUGGAAUCUAGAAAGCAACAACAGACCACAAAACCUGAUACUGUGCCUGUAUCUUCUAUAGCUAGCUUUUUAGUUAAAAUUGAUGACAAUAUUCCAACAGAGAUAUGCUCGACCUGUGGAAAAAAGGUGCCUAUGGAUAAGUUUGCAGAACAUCAAGAUUUCCAUGAAGCUCAAAAACUAAGUAGAGAACUAAAUAAGAAAACCAGUCCACAGUUCAUUGGCAAUAGUGUAAAACGAAAACGGAAAUCCAAUUCACCAAUAAAGAAAAAUAAAAUGCCAUGCAGGCCAAUUGACUCAUUCUUUAGAUGA